GUAGUUCCAUUCCUUUGCUAGCGGGUUGCCAGGGCAGCAAUUGUCUCCCGACUUUAAAAGGUUCCACUGCCGGGCCAUCACGGCUUAAGUGUCUGGCGACCGGAGCGAUGCAUCUAUUCGGAUCGAAAACACAGCCUGAGCCCUGGGCCCCUACUACCCCACGGAGGGACGUGGGGAUUAAUGGCGCAACAGCCCAAGAAGGCUAUAGGAUCCGCAAAAAUUUCCUGGGGAAGCUCCAUAGAGCUACCUCAUCCGGAGACUGUUGCAAACUGCAAUGGCUUUUCUUGGCCAAAGGGAAAGAUAUUAAUGAAGUGGACGAUCUCAACAGCUUCUUGAGAUCAACCAGUUACGGCUCAUGGAGCUCUCAUGGAGGAAUUCGUAGGAAGGAUGAGAAGCCCCUUUACUAGGUGGCUUCUUAGACCUCCCAUGCCAAGAGGCAGUGAAAGCUGCAUCUCCACGACCUUGUGCCCAGCUCGUCCGUCCAUCCUAUGAGCACUAAGAGGGAAAGCACUCUGUCGGUUUGCUGAGGUGUUACAGUGUCAGCAGGAGGAGUGUGCGAGCAUCCUGCUCCUCCAUGGGGCAGACCCCAGUGUGGUGGAUGACAACAACAGCUCUGCCCUUCACUAUACAGCCUCUGGUUACAACACUGCUAUAGAGGACAGGCUGCUAAAAAAGAAGGCAAGAGACAGGGUAAAAGUCAUGGAGAAUUAGUUCUUCAGUAUGUGAAGAUUAAAGUUAAUGACCUAUUCCCUGAAGUCAAAAUUAGUAGUCUAGAACUGACUUCUGAUAUUGGAUUUACUUUGGGCAGACCUGCCUUGGACAAAAAAGGAAUUCAGUGGAAAGAAGAUUCUACUCGGUUUAAGCACCAGGUGCCAUGAUGCACCCCUGUAUUGGAGCUCCCAGGGAAGCCGAGGCUGGCAGAUGUCUGGAACUCAUGAAUUCUGAGCUGCUGUGGGUCUAGCAUCCCCUCGCACAGGGGCCCCAAGUUGCCUAAGGAGGAGGAGCCAACCCAGCUCGUAAGCGGAGCAAGCCAAGCCACGAAGGAUAUGAAAAGAACUCAGGCAGCAUCCCGAGCCCCAAAUCUGCCUUCAUUUUGUGGGCUCAGAAUUAGAGGGCGAUGUACCCCUCACAGUCCAUGGUGAUGGCGCCGCCUCUCGGAGAAGACGACGCUUCCAGGCUUUGGGCAGUUGUGUCACUUGGUCAUUGCCAGAGCGAAACAAUCGGGCCCUGUUCCUCCAGCGAGUUUGGGAACGUCUUGCUGAGGCGGUUCAUUGAGUCCCAUAAGAGGGGCCCUGAGCAGCUCUCUGCCCCCUCCUCCUUUCUCAGCUCCCUUGGGGACAGCAGUGCAGGCAUGGGGGCCCCAGCUUCCUCUUAUCCGGUCCAAGACAUGGUGCAGCUAGGAGAAAAGGGGGCUGUGUACAAGGCUUCUCCUCGCUGCAGAGGUUCUAAGUCCUCCUCUCUUCCUCUUCUAGCUUCUUGAGAUCAACCAGUUACGGCUCACGGAGCUCUCAUGGAGGAAUUCGUAGGAAGGAUGAGAAGCCCCUUUACUAGGUGGCUUCUUAGACCUCCCAUGCCAAGAGGCAGUGAAAGCUGCAUCUCCACGACCUUGUGCCCAGCUCGUCCGUCCAUCCUAUGAGCACUAAGAGGGAAAGCACUCUGUCGGUUUGCUGAGGUGCCCGCAGGGGCCUGGUGGGGGAUUUGGGCAUGGAUUUUGAGGGGAGGCCUUAGCGUCCUCAUCUCUUGAGAGUAGAAAGGGCUCCAGCAAGCAGCUGGACAGUGUGGACCGUUUCACUGCACAGCACCAAACCGUCACUAUUUCUUUCUCCUCCAUCGGACAGCUCUGCAUCUGACUUGUGCCAUCGGCUACUCAGAUGUGUCUCACUUGGUAGAGAGACGCUGCCAAAUGGACAUAUGUGACAGUGACCACCGCACACCUCUAAUAAAAGUCAGAGCUCCGCUUUCCUGGACUUGGGGGCCACAGGGAUGGGGAGGCGCCUCCCUCUGGGCUGACCUCUUCUUCUGGCUCUUCUUCUCCUGACAGGUGUUACAGUGUCAGCAGGAGGAGUGUGCGAGCAUCCUGCUCCUCCAUGGGGCAGACCAGUGUUGUCUAUGAUAUGAAACGCUCUGCCUUCACUACGCAGUCUCUCGGCAUAAUUUGACCAUAGCAGAGAGGCUACUAGAAAACAAUGCUCAUCCAGAGGCAAGAGAUGAGCUGGUGGGAGGACGCGUCCCCUGACACGAGGGAAGACAGAAGGCUUGGUGAUGACAAGAGUCUGAGGGAGUUUGCCGGUUCUCUUGGCCAAGAAUGGUAAGUCUUCCUCUGCUCGAGGUGGGUCACUCCUCUGAACCCUGCUUGACUCUUAAUGUCGUUGCUUGACGGGGGAGGAAGGGAAGUCUCAAGAGCUUAACUGCCUGAGACUAAGAUUGGAAAAAUAUGAGGAUGAGGAAAGCACAUGGUCGGUCAGAACAUGAUUCUCAAACUAUCUCUGCGGGGGAGUGCUGUUCCCCUCCCCCACCGGGGCCCACUAGUACAAUGCUAUGCCGUGGCCACCUCUCCCCGACCUGGAUCUCCGGAGGUUAAGAGAAAAUCUGAGGAAUGGUCUGAGGGGGAGGGGGAGAAAAAAAAAUCUGACCUAGCAAAACCCUCACCAGGGGCGAUUGGUAUCUGCGGGAUGAGUCCUGUAACUUGGGAAAUCUCUAUCUGAAACAGACAGUUGCUAGAGCAUAGUGAAUUUCGAAAGGAGCAACUGGGAAAAGAAAAAGCAGGAGUUAAGAUUUCACUAGGAAAGUGCAAAGUCAAAUUUACUGGCUCCUAAGACAAAAGCUCGGAGAGCCAGGCUUCUAUUCAUAUGCAAGAGCAGGCAGUUUAGCAAAAGUGGGAAAGGCUAGCGAACAGAAGCAAAGCAGAAGCUGCUGAAGGAAAAAGGUUUUUUGCAAGGGAGUUCUUUCUUAAACACUUCUUGUUUCCAAAGUUCUGCAGGAAGGAAGCUAAUCUUCACAGGAAGAUCCCUGUGCCUUUUAGGAAGUGGUCUGACUCGGAUGCAUUUGAAAGGCUUAGCAGGAAGUGGUUGCUUUGACUCAAAGCAGGGCACUUAAAGGAUCGGAAUCACUUGGCAAAAGGGAUAAUUUAAAUAAAAAAAACUUUUUCUAAUAAAACCACAGGUCUCAGCAAAAUUAAUGAAUCAAGGUAAUAAUCCUGAAUUAGGUUAAAUUCAGAACAGCCUAGGUUGUAAAGAUAUAUUGCGAUUCUGUAACCAAAGGCAGAAGAUUUUUUUUUUAAAGCAAGCCUCUACACUUGUUUAGCAUUUGAAAAAGGUCCUAGGAACUCUUUUGUUUGAGGUCCAGCCAGGUAAAUGCAGGCUUUACCUGGGUGAUUGCAAAUGAUAAGAAGCACAGUGAGGUGAGAUCUGGGAAUUUGAAUCAUUUUAAUUUGGGUUGGAUACAAGCAAAAUUAUAAAGGAAUGUCUGCUUAUAUUUCUUGAUAGAGGAAGUUAAAAAAGAGAAUUAAAAAUCUUUCUCUGACUUUUGUUAUAUGCCACAGAAUAUCAGGACUAGAAAUGUUUUAUCUGUAGAGAAAUUUUGGUAUAUAUCACAAGGUAGUUAAGGUGCUUACAAAAAUUUCAAGGUUUGGGCUUAAAUCUGAAGCUGCAUGAAUUUUUUCUCUCUACUGGCCAUGUGGCUUGAGCCACGUGGAAGAUAGCAUCAUAGCAACUGAGGUUCCAAGUUUUUAUCACUAAAGCUGUAAUUGGCUAGAAGGAAAAUUUAAUACUAAGAUAUAAUAAGCAUGAAUUGGAAAAUUAUUUAAAGGAAUUUCUAAGGCUUUCUAAUUUUAACUAUGGAGGAAUUGUUAACGCUUUUCUAAACAGGAAAUAAAAGCAACAAUAUUGAGCAGAGAUUAUUUAAACAGCCUGUAUGCAGUUCAGAAACUUUUUAGUAGGCAUAUUAAUAUACCUGUAUCCAGAAAGCAAAUGAUUUAUAACUAGAAUAGCUUUUACUAUGGAAAAAUAAGACACAUGCUCAGCAGAGUAAAAGCAUGGUUAGAUGGAUUCAAUCUGUUUACCAGUUGUUAAUUAUUAAAGUGAUCAAGAAAUCUGUUACUCAGUACAGUGAUUUAUUAAUGAUUUGAAAGAGGCAAUACUAUCAUUUAUUCAAAUUACAGAUAUGGAAGCUGAUCAUCAUAUUGAAAAGAGACCUAUGAUAAUAAUGCAAAUUCAAAGGUUACUGGCACAAUUUGAUUUAUUUCUGUAGUGAAGAUUUGCAGACUUAGCAGAUAAAAGUAAUAAUUUUAGUCACAGUAUCAAGAUCUUUUCAGUUAUGAAGUUAAUUGCAGUAGUUCAGAAAUAACAACUCCUGUGCAACUCUUUGAUAAUUCUGUGUAUAUUUUUACAGCAUAUGACAAUGCUAUAAUUUUAAUAACUGCACAAUGUGAAUUUUUUCAAAAAGCAAAAAUUGUGUGCAGACAAACAAAUGUUUAAGAUCCCAGCACACAUGGGUCAAAUCAUAAGUGAUUUAUGGUAUGAUGUUUUUAUGAUUAUGGGUUUGAAAAAGCAAAUAUUUAAGCAUCUAUACAUGCUGUUUUGCAAAGUCAAAGGUAAAACUGAUGUUUUGAGCAAACAGCUGCUAGCAUUCUCUGCUCUAGCAGAGGGCCAGAUCUGUUGUACAUCUAUAUCCUGUACAAGCAAGCGAUACUGCUUAUCAAUGCAAACUGUUGUGGAUUAAUUUCACCCCUGAUAGAUAUCCACUGUAUAUUUUGGAGCAAAGGAUGCAUUUCAGCAUGCUCCUGGCACAAAGGUUGAACUGUGAAAAGUGAUGGGAGAUACUUACUCUCCUGGUUUAUGGGUUCAAGCUCAAAUGAAGAAGUGAGCAAAGUGAUGACAAAUCUUGUAAACAAUUAUGCACAACUGUAUAUUCCAAACAGCUUGGAAUAACAGGGCUUUUAACAGCCAUGCAAGGGCUGAAUUGGAUAGCUCAUGGCUUACAUGCAAGCUAUGGUAAAUAGAGCUCAAAGGAAUUCAUGAGCCCCAAGGUUCAAAAACUGAAGGUAUAGAUGUUCUGUCACUUUCUAACUUUCUAAGACCCAAUGAGGCUUUCACUUGGGGUCGAGAUUUUCUGUUUAUUUCCUCAGAUACAAGAAGUCCAUGGAAGAUGACCAAAAGCAUCUGAUGGCAGGAAAAUCUGCCCAGAAGGACAGAUGGCAGAGGUGUCUGGCACAGGAUACCAGAACACAGCGCAUGAACUGUAAAGAGAAUGACACUGCCCUAUAGGCAGGUCUGACACACUAUCGACACAAAUGUACUUGAAUGAAAAACAAUUUACAUGCAGAAGAAUAUCAUUAAGUCACUGACAGAUAUUCUGUUCUAUGAAUAUAUGGGUAUUUGUUACAAGAUCUAACUUUAUUACAUGCCUGAAAUUUUUGAAUGGUACUGAUACAAUGUGUACCUGACAAUCAUUGUAUUGGAAUUGUUCCAUGUUAGCCAAAUUUGAUCAAAUACCAAAGGGUAUAAUUGGGAAUGUUAUGACAGUAUAAGGAAUGCUGUCCAAUUGCAGCACAGAAGGAUAUUACUAUCCAAAAUGUAAUUAUGAUUAUUGUCUUAAAGGGUACAUUAUAUUUGCAAACAACAUGUUUUUGUUAGAAUCAGACUUAUAUAGAAGGCAAUUUUGUUAAGCUGUGACUGUUCCACUUUCAUAAGAAAAAGGGGUGGAUAUGGUAUCACUAAUCAUCUAUCUCUUCUACACCCCAGAAGGAAUAUAAGUUAAAGCUAUGCAAUAAUCAGUAUUGAAUGUAAUGAUAAAGAUUACAUUGUGUGAGAUACCUGAAUUGGGUUGAAUAUCAUCGAGAUAUUAAGACUGUGAGGGACCCAAGGGGAUGAUAACGUUGGGUCGAGGUCUUGUUUGUAUGUUCACAGAUAAUGAAAACAUCUGGUCACCCACGUCAUGCUUCAUGCCAGCUGACACAGACCAGGAAGAGAAGCAGACGGAAGGUGAUGACAUCAGCUAACUCUACAUGCCAGCCACAAUCCAGGCAUGCUGGAAGGACACUUCUUUGGUGACUAAUAUCACUCCAGAACAAUGACAUUACACUAUUAGUGACAUUUGCUAUUAGGCCACUGAUGGACACUUGUCAUGCUGACAUCCAUUGAGAUAUGGUUCCCAGAGCAACAUCAAGUAUGCUAACUGCUCAGAAGGUCUAAGACACACUUAUGUCUGUACAAGACACCAGAUAUGUCCCACACUCCAAAGACUGUACUAUGGGAUUGAGAUGAAAUAGCUACAAUUGUUUAGCUACUAAAGUAUACCUUGUAUUUUGUAUAUGAUACUGUCAAAAAGAAUGUAUAUUGUAUGCAUUGCAAAUCUACCACUGGUAUUGUAAGAAAUGCUGUUAUCCACAAGGGUCUAGACCUUGGUAUGACUCUCCAAAGAGGAGGAGAUAGAAAACUUUCAUUCAUAGCAUAGAUCUGAUACCUCUGACAACCAAAAUGAGGUGCUAAGCAGAAAAUGCUGCACAGGCAUGUCUAAUGGACAGAUGACACUGAUGUUACUCUCAAGAAAGGAUGAGAGAUCAGGGAGAAGACACUAGGAAAUCUUUAAUCAGGAACCUGAGUUAUUGUAAGAGAUCAUUGACAUCCAGGCAAAGAUUAUGUUCCUGACAAUACCAGGAUGGACAUUAAGGGCUGACUAUCAUAGAUGUAGUUAAGUGUUAAUACCAUUGUUAACCAUUACUCCUGAUACCCUGUUUUUGUGGGUAAUAUCUUAAUAGGAAAAAUUUCUUGCUCUCCUCCAACAAUCCCAGAAUUCAGACGGCCGCUGGAUUCGGGGUCUAUUGGCUUCCCUUACAUAUACUGGAAGACGUUCUGGUAUAUGGAAGUAAGACCUCAGGAGCAAACCGAGGACUCUAGGUUUGACAAUUUCUGUGGACGCGCAGUCAUUGUCUCUUCUAGGUGGAACAAAUUAUUACACAAAUGCACGGAGCAAGGGCAAAGUAUGAUUUAAGUUUUACUGUUUGGGAGUGUGGAUUGAAUACAUGACAACAGGCACAGAUAAGCUUGUAGAAAAAGCACAUUGGAUAUUAUACACUGACAACUAGGAAUGAAAAAGCUAUGUCAAAUUCUAUUGGUACAAGAAACUGUAGAAAUUGUUUCUAUGUAAAAAAAACAACUUAAGCUUCUAUUUACCCAAACAUUGGUUUGGUGGAAUGAAUUUUGCAAAUAUUGGUAAUGUUAUAUGCUUGGUUAUCAUAUUGAUGGGUUUAUUUAUACAAGCAGAGGUUUAAACAAGAAUGACAUAAGGAAUAUGCAGUCAGAACUUGAAAUAUUACUUCAUUAUCACCAUCAUGGUUAUUUAAGCUACAAAUCAGAAUGUAAAGUGUAUGGGAAUAUUGGUAUUUGUUAAAAAUUGCACUGUGAUUGUAGUACUGAUGUUUUUGCAAGGCCUGUAAUGGUGCAAAAUUAUGUUCAUAUACAAGGCAAAUUUUGAUCUAUUUAGAUCAGGAAUUAGGAAUCAUUUGGAAUAUAAGUUCUGAUAUUACACAUUGGCACAGUUUCAAGGAUACCACAUAGACAGUGAACCAAGAGUCUAGAAUCUUGUAUUAAUUUUGGGAUCAGGUUCCCAGGAUCAUUUUCUAAGAUCAUUUGACAUGUGAUAACAUGAUCCUCCAGAAUUGUUCAGAGAGGAUGUUUUUCUUUGAAGGGAUCUCUCCCAACACACAAACAAAAAGAAAAGGGAGAGGAAUCUUAUAGAUAUCAGUAUGUUCAUUUGAGAGAACACUUUUGAUUCAUUUUCAAGUAUUCAACUUUGAUUUUUCUGUUGCACAAUUAUUGCCAGAAUUUUAAGUACUAGGAAAGUACUGUUGAUGCUCUGAUCCAAAAUUACAGAGGUGCAAGUAUGUAACUGUUUCAGCCACAGGUAAGUCAGUCUGCGAGGAUUAUGACAGCAUUUGUUAAUUUUCAGAUGACCAUUCUGGAGAGUGAUGUCUGAUUGCAUGUCAGGGGAAUCAUAAUGAAGCUUUCAUUAUGGACCAGACAGCCUCAGCCACGAUCAUACACUUUCCAUAUGAAAUGGAUGUUUGACGUUGGGAAAUGCAGAGACAUGGCGUACUGACACCCUCAGUGGCUGAAUGUCCUGGCAUCGAGCUACCAACCAGUUUCCUAUGUGGCAGGCAUCUGGCAGUGAGCACGGAGAGAUCCCCAAGAUGCAGUAUCAGUACGAGAGAAAGGAAGGACUUAUCCUUCAUUUCCAGAGAUAGCAUUUUGCUAACUGUUGGAAAGGCGGACAACUUCUGAGAGUCCAGACUGUGAAUGGUGGCAUGUUUGAUUAUUGCACCUGUCAUGUGAGCCAUAGACUUCUACCUCAUUAGACCAGGAUCAGUAGAGUGGAAAUUAUUUUCUUAACAUUUUUAUAUCUACUAAGACUGUUGCAUCGAUCUUGAAAUGCAGACAGGCAGAUAGAUCAGUUUGGGAUUUUUAAGAUUGAUCACUGAAUCAGUUUAUGCUGAGGUUCACUCUUGAUUGUUAUAUCUAAGUUAUACAAUCUGGUUUGGUUUUUCAUCUCUGUAUCAGAAUAUGAUUAUGCACCAGAGUGUUUGUAUUUGUUAAUGCUGUGAUGUUGCUACAUUUUGAUAUUGCACUACUUAUUUGUAUGUCAAACAAAAAGGGGUAGAUGUAGCAGUCCACCCCUAGCUAUGGGCAAGGGAAACAGUUGGUAUGUACAGAUUGCCUUAGAAGUGAGCAUGCUCAGUAUUGCACGUGGCUGGGAAAGCCUCUGACCCUUGACCCCAGCUUCCCCCAGGUUAGCGGGAACACAGGUUUCUUUGUGCUCACCUGGUUAAGAGAAACCACACCUAUACCUUGUCAUUAACCAAUGAGAAUCAUCCCUAUGUACUGUGUAUAUUUGCAUAUAAAUAGGGCCCAGCCAGCUCCGCCUCGCUUUCUCCUGCUCUUCCUCCCUUCCAGCUCGCACUGAUGCCUGUCCUUGCUGGAGCCUGGCCUUGGGCCAGGCUCCAUCUCUAAUCUUUCUCUAUCAUCUCUCCAAUCUGUGUGGUAUUAAAUGGGAUCUCUGGACUGGUAAAAGCCUUCGGAAUGGUCCUUUGAUCAGAGCUUGGCUGUGGCUCAUUGGUAAUUAAUAAAGACUCAUUCCUGCCACCUCAUAUCUCUACUUCGACUCCAUCAUCCCCCUCGUGGUAUCAAAAACUUCUAUCCUUUCUCUAUCUUCCUACCUUAAAGCUUCUCUCUCCCCUCUGAGGAAGCUUUAUUCUUUUAAACAGAUUUGACUGCAUUAUUAUAAAGUAGGGUUGCCAGGAAUUUUAUGAAAGUCCAAAGAGAUUAAUUUACAAUUUAUUUACAAAAUAUGGAAAGAGUAAAGUUAGAAAGUGAGCGAGUGGAAAGGGUAAGAUAUCUAGCCUAAGCACUAAGUAUUUUUGCUCUGACCCCUGGCUCAAAAACAGACAGAGGAGUUUCGUUCUUAACUAGAAAGGCCUCAGCCCUUGUAGCCGAGGACCUGGGGAUACAGGGGAACCUUAUUAUUUCUGCUUUUCUGCAUUUGUCUAUGAUGUUUUUAUGCCCAAGUACAUGGUCAAUCUUUUUAUAUGUACUAUGUGCUGCUGAAAAGAAGGUCUAUUUUUAUCCUUAUUUAUUUUUCUCCAGAUCAAGAUAGGUGGCAGGAUGAGGUGGCAGGAAUGAGUCUUUAUCAGAUCAAGAGGAUAGGUCUCUCCUGAGGCUAGUUAUUUCCUCUGCCUUCCUCCGCUUUUUGUGUUUACAAAUCAUAGUCUAAAGCCUUGCUUAGGAGUGCCCAGGAGGCAGUCGAUUCUGAUUUGCACACAUGGGUCACAGACCUCUUCCACUAAAUGACUAAGUGGGAUGUUUACACUUUUGGUGAUUAGAUCUAAAAAUGGGCAGAGCAGUUAAUUUGAUUUUUGUUAAAUUUAAUCUGCACAAUAACCCAGUGGAAACUUCUUGUCAGCUUUUGGGGGAAAGGGGAAGAGGAAUUCUGAAUCAUUUAACUAUGGAAAAAUAUUCUAAAAAGCAAAAAAAGGAAAAAAAAUUAAGUGAAAAAUUAAAGUUACUAGAUAUCUGGAGAAAAAUAAAUAAGGAUAAAAAUAGACCUUCUUUUCAGCAGCACAUGUUACAUAUAAAAAGAUUGACCAUGUACUUGGGCAUAAAAACAUCAUAGGCAAAUGCAGAAAAGCAGAAAUAAUAAAUUCAACUUUUUCAGAUCAUAAUGUGAUAAACAUUGUAAUUAAUAAGGGUUCAUAAAGAGGCCAAUUAAAAUUAAUUGGAAAUUAAAUAACUAAUUAUCCAAAAUUGGUGGGUUAAAGAACAAAUAAGAGAUACAAUUACCCAGUUCCUGAAAAGAUUGACAAUGAGAAGACAAUAUAUCAGAAUUUAUGGGAUAUAGCCAAAUCAGUGCUUAGGGAAAAAAUUUUAACCCUGAGUGCCUAUAGCAACAAAAAAGAGAAAGAGGAGAUCAACAAAUUGGACAUGCAACUAAAAAAUCUAGGAAAAGAACAAAUUAAAAAUCCUCAGAUAAAGACUAAAUAAGAAUUUGUAAAAAUCAAAGGAGAAAUUAAUGCAAUUGAAAGUAAAGAACUUUUGAACUAAUAAAUAAGACUAGGAGCUGGUACUGUGAAAAGAAAGGCAAAUAAAAUAAACUAUUGGUUAAUCUAAUUUUUUUUAAAGAAGAGAAUCAAAUUAAUAAUAUCAUAAAUGAAGAGUGAUCUCACCUGUAAUGAAGAGGAAAUUUAGGCAAUUAUUAAGAGCUAUUUUGGUGUCUGUAAUGUAGGAGCCCAGGGUAGCAUGUGCCUGUUACACAGCCCCUCCUUCCCCAAGAUAAAAAUUAAUUUUCAGUAACUCCAGGUAUUAAAUAAGAUUUAUUAAUCCUGGGAAAAGAGAGCGAGGUGGGGUCACAAACUUUAUCUCCAAAAGGUAAGGACACAAUGUGAGAACAUGGGAAGCUGGGAUUUAGAGUUCUGGGGAGCAGAUUCUAAUUACACACUCUCCAUCCUGUUCAGGUCCAUUCUGGCAGAAACUCCUAAACUCCCAAACUAGGUCCAGGGUUCAUCUUCUUGGUCAGCCUGAAGCCAGGGACCUGGAAGGAACAGCUUUUGUCCUGACAUCUUGCCUGCUCCUCCCUGUUGGUCACCUCUUGGAUUCUCAUGGACUGCCUCUGCUCCUGGGAACAACAAUCCUCGUUGGUCCAAUACUGUCUCUCGGCCAGUCCACUGGUCAGCACAAUGGCAGUGGGGUGCAGAGGGAGCAAGAGGCUCAUGGGGCCUCCUGGAGUAGAGUCUCCCCAGCAGGUAGUGUGGGGAGAGGAAGGGGUGAAGGUCCGGGAACCAGUCUGGAACCAGAACGUUUGGUUCUGGGCAUUUUCUUCAGAGAAGACUCUGUCCAUAGUUUUCCCUUAUCUGGAAAAGAGAGGCAGCUGGAAGGCGAACAGGGGAGCCGGCAGGGACUCGGUCAGAGAGGCAGGAAGGUCUCAGUUCAAAUCUGGUCACAAAGAACUCCAUUGUGUGUGACGCGGAUUAGACUGGAGGCACAGAAGGGAGAUGCGGAAGGAGAGAAGGAGAGGGAGAGGCUCUCCCUAAAGUGCAGGGAACCACGGGCAGCGCAGAGGCCUCUGGGAAAUAGGAAGUCAAGAUCCUGCCCAGUCCACCCCUCCUCCUCUGCUUCCAAAGAUUUUCUUGCUGGGGCUUGUUAGGGGGCGCUAUGGUGCAUAAUCAGCCCAGCCGCCUGGGACGUGUGGCCAACAGUGGCCAGGCGAGGUAGGCCGGCACAUUUGCCUUCCCCCACAGGUGUCUAAAACCUCGGGAUGUCCUCGAGGGCUCCUGACAGGCUCCGACCCCAGGGAUUCCCUUCCUCACUCAGUUUACUGAGCAAGAGCCAGUCUGGAAGCCUCUGAGGCCAGGACUGACGGGACCAAGAGGGUGCUUUUGUUGCUGGGGUAACCUGGGCGGGGAAACAUCUGAGGACAGGGGCGUGGUCAGAGACAGCGACCCAAGAGGGGCGGGGCUUUCUCCUUUCUUCUUCCGGUGGCUCUUUUCUUCAGCGGACCCCCAGUAGGUCACACUCCUGGUUUAGGAGACUAACCCUAACUCUAACCCCGGGAUUCCGGCCACGCCCACAUUCUUUCACUUGGCGCCUCCCCUAUCCUGCCCCGGAUGCACAGCCAUGGGCUGUGCAGAGGCCUCUGGGAGGCAGGAAGCCGGAAGCUAAGAUUGUGGUCAGCACACCCCGCCUCCUCCGCUUCCAAAGAGUUUCCCGCCUUGCCUCUGUAGCCCCCGCGAAAGAUUGGGGAGCCUGGAGCCCCAGGGAUGGCCUUUGAGAGGGACAGACUCCCAGGCCAGGAGGUGGUGACAUUCAAGGAUAUGGCUGUGGACUUCACCUGGGAGGAGUGGUGCCUUUUGACCCCUCCCCAGAAGGAGCUGUACAAGGAGGUGAUGCUGGAGAAUGCCCGGAACCUGCUCUCUGUGGGGCUUGCCGUUCCCAGAGAUGUGAUCUCUUAUUUGGAGCAAAGGGAAGCCCCGUGGCUGCUGGAGCAGGAAGGCCUGAGGAGCUGCUCUCCAGUAUUUCUUUCAGGAGAGAUCAGACCUGAAAUGAGAGUUACUCCAAUAGAUACGAGCCUUUAUGUGGAAGAAAGUGACCGACAAAGAUUCAUGAAUGAUGGUCCUGAUAAAUUAUGUUGGAGAGAAUUGUUUGUAGAAUCCCAAAAUUCAACUCUUAUUGAAUAUCAAAGAGUGCACACUGAGCAAAAAUCUUAUGAAUGCAAUCAGUGCAGAAAGACAUUCUGUCAGAGGUCUGGUCUUGCCCAACAUCAGAGAAUCCACACUGGGGAAAAGCCUUAUAAAUGCAAGGAAUGUGGAAAGACAUUCAGUCAGAGCUCCAGUCUUGGUCGACAUCAGAGAAGCCACACCGGGGAGAAACCUUAUGAAUGCAAGCAAUGUGGAAAGACAUUCAGUCGGAGCUACAGUCUUGCUCAACAUCAGAGAAUCCACACUGGGGAGAAAGUUUAUGAAUGUAAGGAAUGUGGAAAGAUAUUCCAUGAGAACUAUUUUGCUAUACAUCAGAGAAUCCACACUGGGGAGAAACCUUAUGAGUGCAAUGAGUGUGGAAAGACAUUCUGUCAGAGGUCUGGUCUUGUUCAUCAUCAGAGAAGCCACACUGGGGAGAAACCUUAUGAAUGCAAGGAAUGUGGAAAGACAUUCUUUCAGAGGUCUGGUCUUGCUGUACAUCAGAGAAUCCACACUGGUGAGAAGCCUUAUAAAUGCAAGCAAUGUGGAAAGGCAUUCAGACUGAGAUCCAGUCUUGGUCAACAUCAGAGAAUCCACACUGGGGAGAAACCUUAUAAAUGCAAGCAAUGUGGAAAGACAUUCAGACUGAGAUCCAGUCUUGCCCAACAUCAGAGAGUCCACACUGGGGAGAAAGUUUAUGAAUGUAAGGAAUGUGGAAAGAUAUUCUGUGAGAGAUAUUUUACAGUACAUCAGAGAAUCCACACUGGGGAGAAACCUUAUGAAUGCAAUGAGUGUGGAAAGACAUUCUGUCAAAGGUCUGGUCUUGCCCAACAUCAGAGAAGCCACACUGGAGAGAAACCUUAUGAAUGCAAGCAAUGUGGAAAGACAUUCAGACUGAGAUCCCGCCUUGCUGGACAUCAGAGAAGCCACAUGGGGGAGAAACCUUAUGAAUGCAAACAGUGUGGAAAGACAUUCAGACUGAGAUCCCGCCUUGCUGGACAUCAGAGAAUCCACACUGGGGAGAAACCUUAUGAAUGCAAGCAAUGUGGAAAGACAUUCAGACUGAGCUCCAGUCUUGCUCAACAUCAGAAAAUUCACACUGGGGAGAAACCUUAUGACUGUAAGCAAUGUGGAAAGACAUUCAGACUGAGAUCCAGUCUUGGUCAACAUCAGAGAAUCCACACUGGGGAGAAACCUUAUGAAUGUAAGCAAUGUGGAAAAACAUUCAGACUGAGGCCUGAUUUUGCUGUACAUCAGAGAAUCCACACUGGGGAGAAACCUUAUGAAUGCAAUGAGUGUGGAAAGACAUUCACUCGGAGGUCCAGUCUUGUUUUACAUCAGACAAUCCACACUGGGGAGAAACCUUAUGCAUGCAAGGAAUGUGGAAAGACAUUCAGUCAUAGGUCUGGUUUUGCUGUACAUCACAGAAUCCACACUGGGGAGAAACCUUAUGAAUGCAAUGAGUGUGGAAAGACAUUCACUCGGAGCUACAGUCUUGCUUUACAUCAGAGAAUCCACACUGGGGAGAAACCUUAUGAAUGCAAGCAAUGUGGAAAGGCAUUCAGGAAGAACUCCAGUCUUGCUUUACAUCAGACAAUCCACAAUGGGGAGAAACCUUAUGAAUGCAAGCAAUGUGGAAAGGCAUUCAGGGAGAACUCCAGUCUUGCUAUACAUCAGAGAAUUCACACUGGGGAGAAACCUUAUGCAUGCAAGGAAUGUGGAAAGACAUUUAGGCUGAGCUCCAGUCUUGCUAUACAUCUGAGAAUUCACACUGGAGAGAAACCUUAUGAAUGCAAGCAAUGUGGAAAGGCAUUCAGGCUGAGCUCCAGUCUUGCUUUACAUCAGACAAUCCACACUGGAGAGAAACCUUAUGAAUGCAAGCAAUGUGGAAAGGCAUUCAGGCUGAGCUCCAGUCUUGCCUUACAUCAGACAAUCCACACUGGGGAAAAACCUUAUGAAUGUAAGCAAUGUGGAAAGACAUUCAGACUGCGAUCCAGUCUUGCUGUUCAUCAGAGAAUCCAUAUUAGGGAGAAAGGUUAUGAAUGCGAAUUUUAAAGGAAUUUUCUUAUUCUCUUCCUGUCUCCUUAAGAGGCUAGAGAACAGGAUUUCUCAUUAGAUCAGAAGUGACAGGGUCAGUGAGCCACAGCUGAAGAUACAAUUUCCAGAGAGAGUAGGACUGAGGGGAGUUAGUAGACUGCUCUCUGACAUGAAGUGAGGGGGUACAAUUGGUCAGUGAGCGCAGAAAUGAAGCAGCCAUGGACAGGUGAGGUUCUUUUACCUAUGGGAUCUCUAGAGAGCAGGUUUGUGUCUGAGUCAAGGGGCUACUGACAGUUGGCUGCUGAUUGUUGGGCUGCUUUAGAAAACUUAAAUAGUGAGUUGUGGCUGUUUAUUAUUUUAGGGAGUUCGGUAGUGAGUAAUUUAUAGAUAGAGUAGAAUAUAUUAGACCUGGUGUACGAGGCAGAAUCUGUCCUGAGUAGUGAUAAGUUUUAGGAAAUUUUAGGUAGUAUUAGGCAUUUUAGGUACAUUGAUAGGGUAUAAAAUUACCAAUCUGUUUCCUAUCUGUACUUUUUUCUUAAAUUAAAGUUUCUGUUAAACAUC